UGAAUCUUCACGUUGCCUCCAUUUUGCUCUCAUGUGUAUAGGUGCGUGCGCAGUGUCGGUGUUAACUGGAGAGACAACAAGACCGAAAAGCGGAGACACUGAGAUAUUUCUUCAGAAAUGGACGGCAUCAGUGAUGUUGCAGUUGGCGUGAAGAGAGGAUCAGACGAGCUGAGUAUGUACAACAGUCCCAACUCUGGCAUGAGCAGUAUCAGUGAUGGGGCUUCCAAUGGCAGUGACAGCAAAAAGCUGAGGGUGGAGGAGGCUCCACCAUCCCGUGUGCUCCACAUCAGAAAACUGCCCAACGAGGCCUCAGAGACGGAAGUCAUCGCCCUCGGUUUGCCGUUUGGCAAAGUCACCAAUAUUCUCACACUGAAGGGGAAGAACCAGGCGUUCUUGGAGAUGGGUACAGAAGAGGCGGCCAUCACUAUGGUUAACUACUACACAACUGUAACUCCUCAUGUCCGCAAUGUCCCUGUUUUUAUUCAGUACUCAAACCACAAGGAGCUGAAAACUGAUUCUGGCAAUCAGCGGACCCAGGCGGUGCUUCAGGCAGUGUCGGCAGUCCAAUCUGGAGGGUCACCAAGCUCAGAUGUGCAGGAGGCUCUUGCUGCAGCCUCCAGUCCUGUCCUGCGAAUCAUCAUUGACAACAUGUUCUACCCAGUGACGCUGGAUGUACUGCAACAGAUUUUCUCUAAAUUUGGCACAGUCAUGAAGAUAAUCACAUUCACAAAGAACAAUCAGUUCCAGGCGCUUCUGCAAUUUAGUGAUCCUGUUAAUGCACAGCAGGCCAAACUGGCACUCGAUGGUCAGAACAUCUACAAUUCCUGUUGCACACUGCGUAUUGACUUCUCCAAGCUGGUCAACCUAAAUGUCAAGUACAACAACGAUAAGAGUCGUGACUACACGCGACCUGAACUGCCUGCUGGUGACGGCCAGCCAAGCAUCGACUCAUCAGUGGCUGCUGCCUUCAGCAAAGACUCAAACUCCCUCCUCGGUAAGAUCCCAGGUGCCCUGAACCCCCUCAGUGCUGCAGCAGCAGCUGCUGCUGCUGCAGGGAGGGUGGCCUUAGGUGGACAUACGGGGUCCGGUGGUGUUCUGUUGGUCAGCAACCUCAAUGAGGAGAUGGUUACGCCCCAAAGUCUGUUUACCCUCUUCGGAGUUUAUGGCGAUGUCCAGAGGGUGAAAAUUCUGUACAAUAAGAAAGACAGCGCUCUCAUUCAGAUGUCAGACGCCAACCAGGCCCAGCUAGCAAUGAGCCACUUGAAUGGCCAAAAGAUGUACGGGAAGAUCAUUCGGGUCACGCUGUCCAAGCACCAGACAGUGGCGCUGCCUCGUGACGGCCUGGACGAUCAGGGCCUGACCAAGGACUUUGCAAACUCCCCACUGCAUCGCUUCAAGAAACCUGGCUCCAAGAACUUCCAGAACAUCUUUCCGCCAUCUGCCACGCUCCACCUCUCCAACGUCCCACAAGAUGUGACGGAAGAAGAUCUGCGGCUGCUCUUCUCCAAUGCUGGAGGCACUGUGAAAGCAUUCAAGUUUUUCCAGGAUCGUAAAAUGGCUCUGAUCCAGAUGUCAACAGUGGAGGAGGCCAUCCAGGCUUUAAUAGACCUUCACAACUACAACAUGGGAGGCAACCAGCACCUGAGAGUCUCCUUCUCCAAGUCCACCAUUUAAAAAAAAAACCUGAUCCACAAACUCCUGACAGUACCGGGCGUGUACUGUUGGGAGCUGGCUGUCAGCAGCCUUUCAGACUGUCUGGACACUGUGGGGCACAUUGAUUGAGUCAGUUUUGUUGUUCAGAUUUUGUUGAUCCUGUCAUUCCUUGAGACUCCAACCUUUGACUUGCAUCCUUUUUUAAAAAAGAGAACAAUUGAGUACAUUGCAAACACUGGAUCUCCCAGCGUUUCUUUACUGUACCUCCUGUAUUUUUAUGUCUAGCAAAAGAUUGAAUAUGAUUGAUUGUCCCCAAUAUGAUAGUUUGAUGUACACCAGUGUUUUUAUUCUUGAUUUAGUUGAACAGAUACAGUAAUGUGCCUUAAUCGACAUUAUCAACAGUUUCUACAGCUGGACAUGUUCAUUAACGAUCCUCCUAUGCUUUGAGGCACAUUGGUACUUGAUAUUUUUGAAGGUUGGUAAGAAUGCAAACUAUUUUGUCAUCCUCUAGACUUACUUACGUUUUUAAAGGCUCUGCCGCAGACCAGGCGUAGCUCUUUGGUUUUGUUCCAGGUUUUUCCUUUUUCAGUUUUGCGUUGGAAAAAGAUAUUCUUAUGGCAACAUGUUUGACUCUGUACAACGUCCUGUUUCAGGCAGUUUAACUUGAAUUCCAUUUUUCCACUAGUAUUUUCAGUUCAAGAUUGUUUUUCCAGUUUUGAAGUCACAUCGCGUCACACAUCGUAAUGUGGCUCAUGGCUAAAGUAUUUCUUUGUCCGUGUUUUUGGAGCCUCCAGGGCUUUUUUUCCCCAUAGCAGUGAGGUGUUUGUCAGUGACAAUGGUUUUCUAAGCAUGAAUAGUUAUGAUAGGAUCUUACAUCAGACAGUGUUGCAUGCUGUGGGAGCAGUUAGAAGAUGAAUCCACUGUGAUUUCAUUGUCAUGUGACAGUAUACUCGAGAGGGCUACUCAGUUGGACCAAAGUUUCUGUGCCUUUAGAGUUUCUUUAAAUUUCAUGAAAGCAUUUGAAAACACAGAAAUAUUUAGAGUUGACUUUGUCCCUCUUUUUGAAAUACCCAACGGGACCUCUUUGGCUGGUGUUUGCUCAGAAAAAAAAUACUUAUGUAUAUUAUUUCUCCCAGAUCCAGUUUUAUACAAUACAAAAUGUAAGGUUUUGGUAUAGUUUUGAAGAGGCACAAUUAAAGGAUGAAUUAUUUUCUAACAAGGAGAGGUGCGACUUGGUUUUCUGCUUUUUUUGAGUUUUCCCUCUCAUGGUCUCUCUCGUGUAUUCUGCAUUACGUCUGUAGCAUGCCUAAUAAAACUAUUCUGUAGCUCUGCAA